UUUCAUGCGAAAUGAAAGUAUGAAUUUGCUGGAUAAUUUCGUGAAAAUAUGAGAAUUUCUAAAACAAAUUGACCAUCCGCACGUGUCGUUCUAGUGAACUAUGGUUCCUGGGACAACGUUACAAGCUGUUCCAAUUGACAGCGAAACGCUGGACGCCAGAACCGAUGUAAUUUGCAUUGUUCAGGAUGAAACAAACUUUGAUACCGGGCCUGGGAAAUACCAUGUAAAUCUACCUCGUUCAACAUCUAUCCUUGACCUCUACCAGAGAACAGGGCAAGAAUUCGGCUACGAACAAGAUACCUUUCUUCUUGUAUGGAAAAAUAGCAAAGCCGGACAAGAUAGCAAAGAAAUGGUUUUAGAAACUGGUAUCGAGACUAUGACAUUGGAAGACGUCUGUCAGCCACCAGAUAAGAAAAAACAGCGAUUUUUUUUAAGGCAAAAAGGCGAUACUAAUCCGAUACGUAUUAAGAAGGGCACACAGGAAGUGAGUGCAAGUGAAAAUGAUGCUUUGUCUGAUGGUAGUGUUAGCAACUUGUUUGAUUCGUCAUCAGCAGCAAGUGGAACAUCAAGUACAACACCUUAUUAUGGACCAUAUAACAGUACUAGCAGUGUCUACACAGAUCUUGCUAAGUCUGAUACAGGUUAUGUUGGUCUUGUGAAUCAAGCAAUGACAUGUUAUCUAAACAGUCUACUACAAACUUUGUUCAUGACACCAGAGUUUAGGAAUGCAAUAUACAAAUGGCAGUUUAAAGGCUCAAAGGAAGAGGCAAGCAAAAGUAUUCCUUAUCAGCUACAGAGGUUGUUUGUGCAACUUCAGUUUAGCGGAAAGAGAGCGGUAGAAACGACGGAUGUUACUAAGAGUUUUGGCUGGGACAGUAGUGAUGCAUGGCAUCAACAUGACGUGCAAGAGUUGUGUCGAGUAAUGUUUGAUGCUCUGGAGACUGUCUUUAAGAACACAGAUCAGGCUGAACUAAUCAAUCAUCUUUAUCAAGGAAAAUUGAAGGAUUAUGUCAAGUGUCUUGAGUGCGAAUGUGAAAGUGCUCGAAUGGACACAUAUUUGGAUAUACCACUUGUGAUCAGACCAUUUGGUGUGAAUACUUCACAUGGAAGUGUGGAAGAGGCGUUGGAUGCCUUUGUUAAUCCCGAGACAUUAGAAGAAAAUAAUCAGUACAAAUGUGACAAAUGCGACAAGCUUUGUAACGCACAUAAGGGUUUAAAGUUCUGCAGUUUUCCUUACCUACUAUCCUUUCAACUCAAACGUUUUGCAUUCGACUACAACCUCCUUCAUCGAAUUAAACUCAACGACAGAAUGACAUUUCCAAAACAUCUAAAUCUCAACAAAUACGUACCCCCCGAAGAUGAUGACAAUGAUGAAAGUUUGUCUCAAAAAAGUGACUCACCAAGCAGUAUUGAAACCGAGACAGACAGUGGCGUUAGUCUGACGUCAUCAGAAAAUGACGCAGUCACUGAAGAAGACCUCAAUGAUAUGUCGAUGGAUGUCGGUGAACGAUCUACGGCUGCCUGUGCUGGCUUCGAUGACACUCAAGAAAGCGAGAGCAUGCAAGAUCUGAAAGGACCUGAGGGACCUUAUAUGUAUGAGCUAUUCUCUAUUAUGAUUCAUUCUGGUAGCGCUAUCGGUGGUCAUUAUUAUGCUUACAUCAAGUCGUUCAAAGACAACCAGUGGUACAGUUUUAAUGACCAAGCAGUCUCAAAGAUCACAAACAGUGAUAUCAAACGUACAUUUGGGGGAUCCGACAAUUCAAGCAGAGGCUAUUAUUCCUCUCAUUAUUCAAGUUCAGCGAACGCGUAUAUGUUAAUGUAUCGUCAAAUACACACAGACAAUUGUGUAUUUACGAGCGAGGAUGAUCUUCCACAGCACGUUAAAGUGCUUGUUAAACGAUUGCAAGAAGAUGAAUUCAAAGAGAAAGAAGAACGGAAUUAUAAGAAAAGUAUUUGCAAGAUCAAGAUAUUCUGUUAUCAUCCUGUUAAGCAGGAGAUGUUGGAUAAGAAACUUGAGAUUCAUAAAGAUAAAACAUUACGAGAGGCUACGGAGAUGGCUAGAGAGUUAUUUGAUCUGGAAAACGAUGUGUCGUUAAACAAUUGCCGUAUAGUGAAAUAUGAUGAAUAUAAUGAAAAUAUGGAGUUAUCUUACGAAGGGAAAGAGGAUACGGACAUGCUCACCAUACUUGACGGUGUUAAAACAUCCUAUUUAUUUGAUCUCAUGUUGGAAAUAAAAAAGGAUGAAGAUGAAUUUCCAGUCUAUAAACCCGGAGCAAUUACGGUGAAAGUUCAAGAAGUUGAUGUUAAAAAAGAUUUUGUUUCUUCUGCCUUCUCCAUCCGCAUCCAAUUCACUGACAGUUUAAAAUGUCUUCAGGAUACUAUAAGACAGAAAUUGGAUACGCAAUGUAAGCACAUUAUUAUGGUUUGGGAGAGAUAUUCGUCGGAGUUUUGUGAAAUUAAGCCAUCUGAAAACAGAUCUUUACGAGAUGAAAACUUCUUUAAGAAAAAUAAGAUUUUUGUGCAAUGCACGGAUGAGGAUCCUGGCGAAACCCUGGACAGUGAACUUCUAAAUGUUCUGGACAAGUAUUCAAAUUCCAUCACGUUGCAAGUUAAUCUCCCAGACGAUGUAUACACAACUGAGAAACAUGUUUUCAAUAUGACCAUUCAUAAAAAUAUCACACUCUGCGAAUUUAAAGAGAAAGUGAACAGCAAGAUGAAUAGUUCUCCGGAAAUGUUCAAGGUGUUUCGUAUCUACUCAAACAGUCAAGAGAUCGAAAUGGACCGUUUAACAGAAACAUUCAAUACAGUCCCGGAUAAGAGCAAGAUUCUCAUCAAACAUGGUCGAGCUUUAAAAACUGGGGAAUUUAGGUCAAAAAUUUUCUUAUUGCGAAUUAAUGAAGAUCAGCAUACGGAAUUUCUUCUGGAAACAAUUUUAUCGAAAACCAUGAAGAUUUUGGAUAUGAAGGCAAAUAUUCACGAAGAAAUAAAGCAAAAUUGUAAACGAGAUAUUCCAGUUGAAAGAAUGAGGCUACGUAGAAAAGCCUGGAAAUCACCAGGUCGUAUUUAUCAUAACGACCAGAAAUUGGAUGACAUCAUGAUUUGUUCUGGAACCGCAGAGACCUUUGUCGAAGAAUUACCAGGACCCGACUUCGUAGAAAACGAAAGUCAGAUGUCUGUGUACGUAAAGAGGUGGCGACCUUCUAAAUAUACGUUUGAAGAAAUGCUGGAGAUAAUUUUAGAUAGCGAAGCCACUGUUUCGGAUCUUAAAGCGAAGAUAUCUUGCCUCAGUAACAUUGCUGCUGACGACGUAGAAGUUGCUAAGGGACGCGGUUCCUUUCCGUUCGAAAUUUCCGCUCUAGAUAUUCACGACGAUUAUGAAUGGAACCCUAAAGGCGAAACAUUACGACACUUUCCGAUCAUGGUUAACGACGAUGGAGCGUUGUUUUACUUCAGAGACAAAACUGAGCCCUUGAUGGAACUGUCUGAAGAGAAGCGAAAUGAAAUCAAAAAGGCGGAAAAUGCAAGGUCUGCAAGCAACGUAAGCAAAACGUCGUACAAACCUAAGGAAAGAGCGCUAAAAAUUUACACAGAUAGAUAAAUUUCACAAGACGAAAACGGAAUUACGGAUAGACCAAAAUAUUGGCCUAGUCUCGUGGUGUAUAUAUAGUCAAAAAUAGUUACAUAUACGAACACGUUAUCUCGAUUUUAAUUUCACAAAGGCAACACUUAUACAUGCAUGCAGAAUUUUCUGAACGUGGCCAGACUCCCACCAAGUGGACUUUCUGGCUAUCAGCAAUCUUGUUAUAGUUCAGUAGACCAUAAGUCAUAGAAGCUACGGAAGUCUCAGAAGUAUAUAAGUAUACCGUUGACUUAAUAUUAGGGGGUGAUUCUAUGGACACGUUACUCUAUGUUAAGACAAGUAAAUUCGCUUUAUAUUUCUUGCGUUUUCGGUUAGUAAUAGUAAAACUCACAGACUGUGAAUGUACAUAAAGGUCCAUUAAAACGAGUUGUUUAUUCUCCAGCUUCUAUGAUUUAUAUGGACUGGCUAUAUAUAUGACUUAUUGCAUCCAUAAAAACGCACAAUUGUGUAAAGCAGUCUUCGUACACUAUAUACGCUCAUUUCAAGUUGAUCAUAUAUAAAAUUAUAUAUAUUUCACAAUCCCGAAAUAAACUGUUAACAACUUGUAACAGGCAAGUAAAAUCAAAGAAGUUACAAGGUUGACGACACAUGCAUGCAUGGUUGUAAGAAUAUUGUUAUAUUAAUAGCAAGUCCAGUAACUCAAC